CAAUGAAAGGACCUGUAAUUAUUAUAAAUCUUAUUGUAGUUUCUAUGGGGAUUUGUGUACAAAUCGUUAUUCAGUUUCAGAAGUAAGACAGUAAUGUUUCUAUAUUAGAGCCUUCUUUUAAACUUUUACAAAGUCCAUUUAGUUUAAAUAAGGAUGAUUUAAUAAAAAAGGCUGUCAAUAUUCCAGAUCAUAAGUUUGACUUCCAACCCUUUAUCUAACCUGAUGCUACAUUCUUAGUGAAUUAAUAAAAUAUUUAAAACUUGCGUUUAUUGCAAAAAGAAUUUGCUUCAGAUCCUCAAAAUCCUGAGAAGGCAUUCAAGUAUAUUAGACAAUUGAAUCGGAUGUAAUUAUAUGAUGAAGCACUUCGUAUAUUUAAAUAAACAGGUAUAAUUAAUAUAUUAACAGUAGAUGACUUUCGAGAAAAUGCUACUUAAAAAUAACAUCAAUAAUUAUAAGAACAAUAUGGUAUUGCAGUAACAAAUUUGAAGUCUAAUUAAUAUGGAGACAAGCGUAAAUCAUUAAUGCUUCCUGGAAUGAUCUAAUUAUUGAUAACAGCAGCUAUUCUUUAUUAAAUGAUGUAUUUCUUCUAACCUGGUCAGUCAAAAUCUAAAAAUGAAAAAAAUUAAAAAGAUGUUCCUGAACAAGGAAGUGGUAGAAUGGAUCGUUUUUAUAACAUUCUUAGAAGCAAUUAAACAAUUUAAGAAGAAAGAAAUAUUCCUACACGCUUUAAUGAUGUAUUAGGAAUAGAUGAAUUUAAAGAAGAAUUAGAAGAAAUAGUGGAAUUCUUAAAGCAUCCUAAAAAAUAUACAGAUUCAGGUGCAAAGUUACCAAAAGGAAUUUUACUUGUAGGUCCUCCAGGAACAGGUAAAACAUUAUUAGCUAGAGCUUUGGCUGGAGAAGCAGGAUGUGCAUUUUUUUAUAAAUCAGGAUCAGAAUUUGAUGAAAUGUUUGUUGGAGUGGGAGCUUCACGUGUUAGAGAAAUUUUUAAAGCUGCAAGACAAAAGGCUCCAGCAAUAAUCUUUAUAGAUGAAAUAGAUAGUAUUGGAGGUAGAAGGAGAGCAUAAGAUCCAGGUUAUUCUAGAGAUACUAUAAACUAAAUUUUGACAGAAAUGGAUGGAUUUAAAUAAAGUGAAAGUGUAAUAGUGAUUGGGGCAACCAAUUUUGAAUAGGUAUAAUUAUAGUAUAGAAUUAAAGGUACUUGAUCCAGCAUUGAAGAGACCAGGAAGAUUUGAUAAAAUGAUUCAUGUACCAUUACCAGAUGUCAAAGGUAGGGAAUAGAUAUUUUCAUAUUACUUAUAAAAGAUUAAAUACGAUAUUUAAAAAGUAUUGCCAUCUAAUUUGGCAAGAUAGACUAGUGGAUUUAGUGGAGCUGAUAUUUAGAAUAUGGUGAAUGUAGCAAUUUUAAAUGCAAUUAAAUAUGAUAGAUAGAUAGCAACAACUGAAGACUUUGAAUUUGCAAUAGACAGAAUUGCUAUGGGAGUAGGUAGAAAGAAUAUGCAUGUUAGUGAUAAAGAGAAGUUGAUGACUGCUUAUCAUGAAGGUGGACAUGCCUUAACCAGUUUAUUGACUGAAGGAGCCAUGCCUCUUCACAAAGUUACAAUUCUUCCAAGAGGUGGAGCUUUAGGAUUUGUAUUUAUUAAUCUUUAUUCGAUUUAGACUUCAAUGCUUCCUGAGAAGGAUCAACUUAAUUAUACUAGAAAAGGAAUCAUUGCAUCAAUUGAUGUAGCUAUGGGUGGUAGAGCAGCUGAAGAUUUAUUUUUGGGAAAAGAUGAUAUCACAAGUGGAUGUAGUAAUGAUUUGGCCAAGGCUACUGAUCUUGCUUAUAUGUUUGUUAAACAAUUAGGAAUGGAUGAUAAAAUAUCCUUGAUUUCAAUUUAAAGUGAUAGAGUAAAAACUAGUGAUUAAUUCGAUUAUAUGGUUGAUAUGGAAGUUAAAAAAAUUUUGGAGGUAUCUUUUACUUAAUAAUUCUUUAGGAAUCUUAUAAUAGAGUUAAAAAUUUGUUGAAACUAAAUGAAUCUAAACUUAAAGACUUGGCUACUGAAUUAGUAAAGAGAGAGACACUUUCAGCUGAAGAGAUCAAAAAAUUGUUAUAAAUUAAGUGA